GGUUCUUAGGCGGCGCGGCGGGGCGGGGGGGCGCAUUGUUGGUGCUCCCGGCGCCUCCUGUGGUCCCGCCGCCCCCGGUGCUCCACGCCCCGCCGCCACCAUGGAGGCCAUCAAGAAGAAGAUGCAGAUGCUGAAACUGGACAAGGAGAACGCCAUCGACCGUGCCGAGCAGGCGGAAGCUGACAAGAAGCAGGCAGAGGACCGCUGCAAGCAGCUGGAGGAAGAACAGCAGGGCCUGCAGAAAAAGCUGAAGUGCACGGAGGAUGAGGUGGAGAAGUACUCUGAGUCCGUCAAGGAGGCCCAGGAGAAGCUGGAGCAGGCGGAGAAAAAAGCUACGGAUGCUGAGGCUGAAGUGGCUUCUCUGAACCGCCGUAUCCAGCUGGUGGAGGAGGAGCUGGACCGAGCCCAGGAGCGCCUGGCCACUGCCCUGCAGAAGCUGGAGGAGGCUGAGAAGGCAGCUGAUGAGAGCGAGAGAGGCAUGAAGGUCAUCGAAAACAGGGCCGUGAAGGACGAGGAGAAGAUGGAGCUCCAGGAAAUGCAACUGAAGGAGGCAAAGCACAUAGCAGAGGAGGCUGACCGCAAAUAUGAGGAGGUUGCCCGCAAGCUGGUUGUUCUUGAGGGAGAGCUGGAGCGCUCGGAGGAGAGGGCAGAGGUGGCAGAGAGUAAAUGUGGUGACCUAGAGGAGGAGCUGAAAAUUGUCACCAACAACUUGAAGUCCCUGGAAGCCCAGGCUGACAAGUAUUCCACCAAGGAGGACAAGUACGAAGAGGAAAUCAAACUUCUAGGGGAAAAACUGAAGGAGGCUGAGACCCGGGCAGAGUUUGCAGAGCGGUCUGUGGCAAAGCUAGAGAAAACCAUUGAUGAUCUAGAAGAUGAAGUGUAUGCACAGAAGAUGAAGUACAAAGCCAUCAGUGAGGAGCUGGACAAUGCACUUAAUGACAUCACCUCUCUCUGAGCCCCCCCACCAGACACCAGCACCGCACCCCCCCCCCAACCUGCUUCACCCCUCCCCAGCUCAGCUGCUUGCCUGCCUGGCCAUCCCACCACUCUCCCUGCCUGCUCUGUCCCCUCUGUCCUUCCCAGCCCACCUCUGUCCAUCGGCUCCCUUGGGACAGGAGCUGGUCCAGGGUGUUCCUGCAAUACCCCUCUUUGUGGGGAGAAAAGGUGUGGGUGCUUAGGGGUGUUUGGUGGGGAAGGCAAGCAGCCCCCAGGACCCCCAUGCACUGAGUGGACAGUACCCAUGCAGUUGCAGGUCCGUGCCCCAGCAUUGCCCAGUGGGGAAAAGAGCUGUUCGCUUCAGUGGCUCCCUCCUCAGCUCCCUGGCAGCACAAGCACCAGGGACACCACAGCUCUGGUGCUGGGGGGACACCUGUCCCCCACAUCCCCCCCAGCAAAGCCCCCUGGUUCUGCUUGCUGAGCCCAGGGUGGAGGAGACCCGCACAGAGGAAGUGGCACCUCCACUGCCAAAACAGAGAGGAGGACUUAGACCCAGGGGACUGGUGGGUGGGGGUGGGGUGGGGUGUCCAGCUGUGCAGUCAAGCCUGUCCCCAGGCAGGCAGCCCCCAGAUCCCUGCUCUUCCCUCACCCCUACCUCCCUUCUGUCCUUUGCACAUUGUUCUUCAGUUUGCAUUUCAUGACUUUCUUUUCUGUUCUGUCCCUCUGAGUUACUGAGCUGGUCUCAAUAAAGCAUUUUCUCUUCUCCAUUUUCCUUUGUUUUCUUCAUGCUGCUCUGUCCCUCAUCUUCUGCCUGUCUCACGUGGGUGCUGGCAGCCAGGUGGUAGGAAGUGUUGCAGGCAGCUCACAGCCACGGGACCCCUGGGACGGCCACAGUUGAUCCCUGAGCAGCUCCUGCACUGCCAGGCUGAGUGGGACAGGACCCUUUGUGCCUUGGCCCAGGGGAUGACCCCCACCAGCCCCUGGCUCUCGGACACAGCUUUCCUCAUCUCAUGCCACCUUCUCCAUGACUUUUUUGGCCUGAAAUAGCAGGGUUAGACCUGGUCCUGUCCAUUCCCUGUCCCCGCUCCCAGACAUUGCCCACAAGCAGCAGUCUCAGCCCUGGCAUCUCUCCUGCAUCACCCUUCCACGCUGAAGGGGCUGACCCUACCCUUCAGCAGCAAUCCCUGACCUUAAAUAGGUCUUUGAUCCUCAUCUUCCUCCUCCUCCUUCCUCAGCAGCCUACCCUGCCCCACAACUCAGUCACGGAACUGAUGGACCUGCAGCCCCAUCCCUGCCCCAGGACUGACUGCCUCUUCCUGCUGGCCUAGCUCAUUCCCUGCUGCUGCCCAGCCAGCAGCAGGGUUUCCAGCAAGGGCUUUGGGGAACACUGUCUUUUUUUUUUUUUUUUUUUUUUUUUUUAACUAGCUAGCCUUUUUCUCUCUCUUCCCUCUGCUGCACUGAUGUCUCCACUUUCUCUAGAGUACUCCCAGCAGGAGGCUGAGAAAAAACACAUUCUCACUAACGAGCUGCGGGUCAUCCUUACCGAACUUAACAACUGAGCUGCGGAGAACUCCCAGCCCCAGCCCAGCCUCCUGCACCGGGCUGCCAUCGGCCCCAUUCCCUGCCUCGUUUUGGCCAGGCUUGCUCUGGGUUGGGAGCCCCUCCCCACUCCCUGCUGGGGUUAGGCAGUGCAUGGAGCCUUGACUUAUCCCCCCUCCAGGGGUAACUGCCCUGCUUGGGGGCGAUGGGGAGCCCUCUGGAGCAGAUUGGUUUUUCUUGGGAGAUGAACAAGGAUUUUUGUUAUGUCCUGGGAUGCCCAUGCAGUGAUGGCUGUCCCCUGGCAUCAGUCUGGCCCUGCUGGGGAGGGAUGCAGUGGCUUGUAUUGCUGCCUUCCUCUCCUUGUCCCAGGAGUCAGUGGCCAGCCUAUUUCCCCCUCACUCUGGUCACCCCAACCUAUGCAGGGAGGAUCCCCUCAGAGCAGUGUCCCUGCAGGGUGGUGGGAGGGCUGGGACAGGAGCUGGGGACCAGGCAGCAGGUGCUGCCCCAAACCUGAGAAGGGGGAGAGCCUGGCCAGCAGCACUGGGAGACGGGGCUGGGUAAGCAGAGCUCUUGUCCCAUCCCAAUCUCUAGAGGGAAGGAGGAUCUUGUUUGGAAGCGAGUGCUGGAGGAGGCUGCCUUGGCAGCAGGCUGCUCAGCAGAGCUUAUCCCUGCAGCCUUGUUAGCACUGCUCUUCUCUAACUGCCUUCCUGGGCUGCUGCCGCACUCUUUUUCACAGAGUACCACUGGGUCAUGCAGCAGGCACUGGCUUCUUCUUUUGCUGGACAAGGAUUUGUGUGCAAGCCCACAGCUGGACAGUGGUGAUGCCCUGGGGCAGGACAUGCUGUGGGCAGAGCAGGGAGAUGGGGCAGUACCCGUGGCUGCCUGGGAAGGGGUAUCCAUGCUGCAGAGGGCCUGGCUGUGGGCAAUGGGGCACCAUGGGAAGAUGGAAAUGCCAAAGAGUGGGGACAGCCCACCACGAGUAACCAGCCCAGCUGGCCUGCCUGCCCUGGCAGAUCUCAGAGUGGCCGGACUCAUCUCUGCUGGUGGUGGGGCUGCUUGCGCAGACUCUGCUCUGCAGGGCCACCCCAUGCAGCUGGAGGCUGGCGCUGUACUGAAAUGUCUGUAUAUGUGUGUGUGUCUGUGCUUGGUGUGGUGUGUGUGGAUCUGGCUGCACCUGGGUAUGCUUGGGCUGUGUCCAUGUCUGUGUGGCUGGCUGUAUGUCCCUUG